AAGCGCACGUUAUCGCCUUAAUGACUCGCCGGCGCACGCACCAACACUAAUUCGCUCCCCGACGGGGCCUCGCCUCGUAUUCACGGAUGUAAAAAGUCGCGCCGUCAAUUUCGCUCCUGGCAGUCCGCCGCCGUCGCCGCGCGACGAGUCCGAGUCUCGCGUAAUCUCUUCCGGUUCCUCGCUGCUACACGUCUUGUCCAUUAUUCGAUCAUUCGUCCCGUCAUCAUGUCGUCCACGCAAAACAGCGUGAGACAGCGAAAGCUGAGAACUGAAGAACAUGAAGAGGAGCGCGAUAAUGAAUUGGCAUCCUACCAGAAGAAAACCACCGGCCAGCCAGGAAGGAAGUACUUCACCAUGCUGGUGGUGCUUGGUACACUGUUCCUAGGUUACAUAGCCAUAGCGAAUGACUUGAAACCCAUCAGGAUAGGCAGCAAGGCUAUCGACACCCUAGCGUUCUCAUUUAAUUUACAAAAGCCGUUCUACGUGGUCGUAAUCGACGCUGGAUCUACCGGUAGCCGCGUAUUAGCGUUCAGCUUUCACGAGUCCAUUCUCAACGGGAAUUUAGUGCUGGAUAACGAGCUGUUCAAGGAGAUAAAACCUGGAUUGAGCUCGUUCGCCGACAAACCGGAGGACGCCGCGAGAUCUCUGACCACGCUUCUGAACGAAGCGAAGACGGUGAUCCCGCAAUCGGAAUGGCCUCGCACGUUGCUGACGAUGAAGGCCACGGCAGGACUGAGAUUGUUGCCGGAGCACAAAGCCCGCGGCAUCCUAGAGGAGUGCAGAAAGCUGUUUCAAACGUCCGGAUUCCAGAUCGCGAGAAAUUCCAUCUCCAUAAUGGAAGGCACGGACGAGGGGAUCUUCUCCUGGUUCACCGUCAAUUUCUUACUCGAUCGUUUUAACUCGCUCAGCUCUCAGACCACCGUGGCAGCGUUGGAUCUCGGCGGUGGCUCGACGCAGGUCACGUUCCAGCCUGACAGCGCCCAGGCCAAGAAAUUGGGGAAGCACGUCUACUCCAUCAAUGUAUUCAAUCACAACAUGAGUCUUUACACGCACAGUUACUUAGGCAUGGGUCUAAUGGCCGCCAGAAAGGCGAUUUUGACUUACGACAUGAAUCUUGAGGAUACAAAUUCCAAAGUUCCCAUAGAGGUACAUUCCGAGUGCAUCAAUCCGAUCGUAUCUGCCGAAUGGUCUUAUCACGGGCGCGAUUACAGAGUGAAAGGUCCGAUAAACGGCACGUACAAAGUGGUGAAAACGCAAAACUUUGCCGGCGGGGACGAGAACAAGCCGAUAGUACGUUUCGCCGAAUGUUUAAAGAUAAUAGAAAAAUAUGUCGGCACUCUCACGGAAAGACCAAUAGGUUUGAAGGAUCACGAAGUAUAUGCAUUUUCAUACUACUUUGAACGUGCGACAGAGGUAGCAUUAAUAGAUCCAUUUAUGGGUGGACGGGUGCAACUGAGUUCAUUUUUGAAGCAAGCCAUGGAGACGUGCGAUUAUCCAAACACGGAUCAACCGUUCAUGUGUUUAGAUUUAACAUUCAUUUAUGUUCUGCUAAAAGAUGGAUUUGGCCUGGAACCGUCGACUAAGCUACACCUUUACAAGAAGAUCAAUGGCCACGAAUUAAGUUGGGCACUGGGAGCCGCGUUCAAUGUUCUCCAAAAUGGACUUUGACGUUUUAUUGUUGUACUAUUGUUAGAUAAGUUUUUAUUCCAGAUCUGUACUUUAAAAAGACAAAGCAAUGGAGGAACAUACAAUUGUGAGAAAGAAGAGACGUGUAAAAAAUAGUAUUAAUGAGACUUAACAUUUUUUGUAUAAAAACUGUGGAUUUGGCGAAACAUUUGAUAAUUGCCGACGCACAAUUGCCUAAUCGUACAACCUGUCUCCUACGAUUUAAAGGAAAGCAGUAUUUGAUAUAUAUUUUUAGGGGUAUAAUAUAUUUUUAUCUGAAGUAUCAUGUUAUCUUAUCUACUUGAAACGAAAGACAUAUCGCCGCGUAUGUAUUUAUGACAGUUCUUUAAUACGUCCGCAAUUGUUUCAUGUCGAUGUGCGUUUAAUGAUUUUUUAUAAUCUAUCAUUUCUUAAUUUUGUGGAUAAAUACAAAUUAAUGUAUUUGCGAUAUAAAUCAACGAUAAAAUCGAUUCGCCUCAGCCAUUGUAUAAAAUUGAUCAAAGUGCAAUUCACUAACUGUAGAAAAUGAGAUGAGAUUACACGAAUGUAUUCUCGCGGCGACAUAUCUGCUACGAAAUCGUCAUGUAAAACACGGAAACGGUAUCUCUGACAUAUCUCGAUGCACAAAAACCGCAGUUCUCAUCGCAAAUUUAGUACAAAAACAGAUUUUAUUCCCGAUGCUAACGUCUACCUGUUAAAGUAUGCCAACAAUUAAUGUACAUAACAUUCGAUUUUUGUAUGUAUCGCUGCAUUGCGACAUUUUAUGGGAUUCCUUCUACGAUACCGCGUAGACGAUUCCUCAUAUUUAUUGUAACGCGUCCAGCAGGGCGAUGUAAUAAAUUUGUAUACACAUUGCGUGUGUAAUAGAUAGACAAAUAUUGUUGAGAUAGUUCGUACGACCCAACAUUCUACAAUUAUUCUACAUACCAUAAAAGAGGACACAAUUUGCGUGUAUGUAAUAUGUGUAUAUAGUGCCUUUAAAACGCCGUUUUUAAAUAAAGCGAAUGUGUGUCGUUACAUAGAAUUA